AUGUUGGUAUUUUUGCAGGGACAAAAUGAUCUUUUAACAAGACAAUACACAGAGGACAGAAUGUCUCAACACUGGUUGGGUACCUAUGACACCGCUGAGAAAGCUUUUGAAGCUUACACCAAAAAGAAAGAGGAGCUUAGAAAAAAGGCCGAAAACCAGCAGGUGACACCAGUUUCCAAGGGAGUUCGCGAAGGAAAAAAGGUGGCGAAGCUUGAUGAUAACCCGACCCGGAAACAGUGCAUGGGUGUUCGCAAGACUGAAUCGGGUAGAUGGAAAGCGAAAAUUCGUGACCCAGUUAAGAAAUCACAUGUUUGGGUUGGUACAUUUGAUACCGAAGAAGAGGCUUCAGAAGCAAUUGAAUCAAAGAAGGUGGAAUUCGGGUCCUCCCGAUCCAAUGCCGAAAGUGGGUCGUCUUUGAAGACCCCAAAGACUGAGACUUAA